AUGGGGCUGUGGCGAUGGGUGUACUUGUGGGUGUGGCUGGCAGGGCUGGGCGCCAUAGACACAGCACCCAGCCGGAAGAGGAGCGGGCCUUUAGCCCUGGAAGCUGACUCCCCCAUCUUCGUAGACAGAGUUGAUUUCUUUGAUUAUCCAGACUCGGACCAAGCCAGCCUUCUGGCUGUGGCCCAGAUGAUCGGAGAGAAACCUGUCAUCUUUGUUAAGACAGAUUCCGACCCUGGGCUCUUCCAUCACAUCCUGGUGACUGUCCUGGUGCUGGCUUUCUUGUUUCUCCUUUUCCAGUUCUGCACCCACAUGAGUUUUGAGAAAGGGGCUUAG